AUGUCUGCCGCUCCUUUCGUUCAGCGUGCCGCGAGAAUGCUUCCGACCCUGCGCUCGGUCGCCUCCACAUCGCGCGCCCGAACGAUCUCGACCGCAGUCCUGCGCCAGCCGCUCGCAAUGCCACUGUCCAGGCCGGCUGCGUGUGCAAGUGCGCUCGACGUGCAGCGCAGGUACAAGUCGAAGCGCUCGUCGGCGCAGUACAUUGAUCCGCAUGCAGCGGAGGACGACGAUGUGCCCGUGAUGAAGACCAAGGGCAAGGGCGGCAAGGCGAACCGAGGUGGGCAGUCGCGUUCGAAGCGCGGCGAUGACGACGCGCCGUCGGAUGCCGAGUACAAGACGUCGACUCGCAACCAGGAUCUGCCGGAGGAAGCGUUCGACUUUGGCACCAUCACGCAAAACAUGACGCGCGCCGUUGAGCGUUGUCGUACCACCGCCUCGACGCUCGUCGGAUCGUUUGGACGCGCCGAUCCUGCGCUGCUGGACAAUGUCAAGGUCGAGUAUCCAGGCACGGGGUCGUCGUCUCGAUCGCUGCAUCCGCUGCGCGAGUUUGCCACCGUGGGUGUGCGCGACGGUGCGCUCAUCGUAACCGCCUUUGAUGCGGAUAUGGUCAAGCACAUCGAGCGCGCCAUCUACGCCGCCGAUUUGGGACUCACACCGCAGACGCAGCCACACACCAACCCGGGCGACGAGAAUGUGCUGCGCGUCGCUGUGCCCCAGCCCACCACCGAAUCGCGCCAGGCCAUGGUCAAGGACCUCACGCGCAUCUGCGAACAUGCCCGCGUCAGCAUCCGCGACGCCCGCCACCGAGCGCUCAAACAGAUCAAGUCCGACAUCGACCGCAAGGUCGUCGGCAAAAACGAGGGCGACAAGGAAUCCAAGAAGCUCGAGGCGGAAACCAAAAAGAUCGGCGCACAGGUCGACCAGCUCUUUGAAAAGAUGAAGCAGUCGCUCCUCGCCGCCAACUAA